UUAGUUUGUCCUGAUAAUCCUUCCAUUUCUCAUUGUUACAAGAAUCAAUGUGUUUGAGGCAGACAUGCAGGCGAAUGGUCGCAGAACAAUAUGAUUUCAGCGUUGAGGUGCCUUGUUUUGUGGGUCACUCUGUAUGCGUUGGGUUCUGCAGGAAUCAUGUUUGGUGAACCUGAAUAUAUGAUAGUGGACACCAGUCUGUGUCCACGUGAUGUGAAUUACCCCAGGUGUGGUAUUGAUCCAGUGGUUGAGAAGUCAGAAUGUUGGACGGACAGAGACUGUAAAAGGAAGUGGAAAUGUUGUUUCUACGGAUGCAGGAAACGCUGCCUCCCGGCACUGAAAGCUAAGACCGGACCUUGCCCCAGGAUGAACCCUGUGCUGUGUAGGAAUAAAAUGAAAUUGCCUGACGAAUGUCGAAAUGAUGAGCAAUGCCCGGGAUCCAGUAAGUGCUGUGGCAGGUGCAGGCACAGGUGUACCAUAGCAAUAAAUAGCAGUUUGAUAUACUUCGGGGGACGCACCUGAUGUUCAGGUCUUAUUGUCGGAGUCCUCGUCCUACAGGACGCUAAUGCUGAGAUUUCAAGUUACAUUUGACUAUAUUUUUUUAUUCACUGUUCUGGCUGUGUUUGUCAGACUAAGAAGUGCCAAGGUCCACUUUAUCUCAUACACACUGUUUGGUUUUGAUUGGUUCUUUGUUUCUUUGCUGUUAUGGAGAUAAAUAAAGAACAAUAUGCAAGAUA